AUGCGGAGGAAGUUGAUGCGGGGGCUCUUGUUCACAGGGGGAGGCACUUCAGCGCUGGAGAGACAGGCGAGCCUGAAAAAGGCUGGUAAAUCUUCAGAGCCAGCAAGGAAAUCUGCUGGCGGCGUAAGGAUUCUUCCCUCUGCUGGGGACAAAGGCAAGGGGCCAGCUAAGAAGUCGGCUAGUGGUUCAAAGGUUCUCCCCUCGGCCGGUGGAAGGGGUAAAGGCAAAGCUGUGAUGCCCCCGGCUGACGAACCAGAGGAUCUUGUCCCUGGGCCGAUUUCGAGUUUAUCGGGGCAGGAAUUGAUUGAUGCCGUGAUAGCUCGAGUCCAUUCGAAGGACCAAGAGAAAAUGGAGAAGCUGACCCGAUCGGCUUUAGCUACCCAUCUCUGCCGGUUGGCUCUUCAGGUGGAGUCGGGGAUGUGGGGGGCUGUUAAGUGCAUCCAUGACUAUGAGAUGGCAGAGAAAGAGAGAGAGACGGAACAAGCGGACGUGGCCAAGCGUGAUGAUGCUGUCGCUGGAGUGGUGGAGCGUCUGAGUAAAGCUGAAGCAGAGGUUGCUGAAUUGAAAGAUAAAUUAGCCCAGGUGGAAGUGGAAAGAGCGUCCUUGGCCUCCGAACUGUCGAGGGCCACAAAGGAGAGCCAUGAAAGCUUGGCCCGGUUCAAAGCUGGCUAUGAAAGAGACUACAGGGAAGCCAGGCGGGGCUGGAAAAGGAUACUUGUGGAAGCUCAUAACCGCGCGUAUGUCCUGGGGGCCCGAGAUCAACGCCUGGAGUACUUCUUGUCUCCGCGAGGUCAACACUUCCUGGGGGUGAUGCUGGAAGGCACUCUGGAGUCUUUCAAAAAGACUCCCGAAUACUUGGAGGAUUUCGGACCCCUCUUUGCUUAUGUGAUAGAGCAAACAGCUUCCAAGGCAUUGGAGAUGGCAGGGGCCACCCCAGAGCAACUUGCCACUUUGAAUUUCAGAGCCCUGAUGGAUAACCUCCAGGACGAGGAAAUAAACAAGCGGAUGGGAAUCCCUGAGCACUCUCCAGAGAAGCCAGAGUGGUGGUACCCUUUCGGCCUAGAGCCCCCUCUGCCCUCUGACUUAGCGGCUUCUGCUUUCACCGACUCUGCCUCUUCCUCCGCUGCGGUGGAACAGCUGUUCGACCUGUACCAAAAUGAGGAUCUGUAUGUGCAAGAAGCUGCAAAGUUGUUGGAUUUGGGAGUUCGUCUUCCCCAAGUGGUGGAGACUGGCCUGUUGCCCGUAUUCACAGAAAAAACCGUUUCUGGCCACGCUUCUGCAAGUGGUGCUCCUUCCCCCAUUCCACCUGCCUCUGCUCCUGUCUCCUCUGCUGUUGCCCCAGCUGCCUCUGUCCCUCCCUCCUAA